UUACAACAAAUGAAUUGCCAAAAUAUGAAAAAAGUGAGAAGCCCAGACAUCUGUUUUGCACGUGUUUGCUCUGGCCACUCCAUUCUCUGUACAGCAAGCGUAUCCAGGCAACAAGAUGCUUUCAGACAAGACAGUGCUGUAGGUUCAUGCGUUUCUGAAGCCUGUGAUGAGUUGAGUCAUGUCAGGUGUUGGAACCGAGAGCAAUGACCCCUUGCCUAGCCCUCCAGAGGAGCAGCAGGCCACAACUGGCCUCGACAAGGGUGAAGAGGAUCUGCAUCAGAGAAAAGAGGAGGAUAGUAAAGGGGAGGGUGAAAUGAGUGAUUGUGUCAGUGGACAGAAUAGGGAACCCAAGACAGAUGAUCAGAGUCCAACUGUCUCUCAAGUCUGCACAGCCACUAAAAUGACACUGUUACCCAAGACCCCGCAUGUAAAAACCCAUGCACUGACACUGGAGUGGGCCUUUGGGAUGAACAGGGCUCUUCCUGUCUUCAGCCUUCAGGACCAGGAUCAACUGGUGAUCCUGUAUGGUGGCACCAAUGUAGCCGUCAUGUACGACCAAACAUCAAAUUCACAACAUGUCCUUCAGGGUCACAGCAGCCCCAUUUCGUGUUUGUGUGUGAGUGAGGACAGGCGCUGGCUGGUGACAGCAGACCGAGGACAGGAAAGUCUGGUGAUCAUUUGGGACUCCUUUUCAGGGAUUCCUGUGCGGACAUUAUUUGACAGUCACCCUGAGGGCGGUGUUGCAGCUUUGGCACUGUCAAAGGACUCCAAAUACCUGGUAACAGUUGGAGCUGGAGAUGUUCAGCGAGUUUGUAUAUGGGACUGGACAAAUGAGACAGAGGAUCCAUUGUGUGUAACUGACCUCAACCCGGAGUAUGGUUUUCAGAAUCACAUCAUUUUUAAUCCCAACGACAUUACUCAGCUGCUCAGCAACAGUGAGAGCCAAGUCUUAUUUUACACCAGGGACAAACAGCACCUUGAUUAUAUUGCCCCAGAGCUCUUGGACAAGACUUUCAACAAGGUUGUGGGCAUGCUGAGCCAGUCUGUGUUCCACUGGAGGGGGCUUCAGGCCCUCUCGGCCACCUCCGCAGGCAACUUGGUGCUGUGGGACAUGGUUAGGGCCUCCUCUACCUCAAGACCCCUUGUUAGGAGAGCCAUCAAGCUCAUCCCCCUCCAGAAGGACGGCAUUACCGUGCUCACUCUGACUGACAGCUUCAUUGUGACUGGUGACACUCUGGGCCAUGUGAAAUUCUAUGAUGAGAACUUCAAGCUCAUCAGCUGGUACAGUGAAUUCAACCUGGACCCAAUCACAUCAAUCUCCUUUUCCAAGGAAGUUCCACCCAACAGAAGCCAUGGUUAUCUGGAGGACUGCACUCUGGAAGCCAAGAUGUUUGUUAUCCGGAACUUUGUCCUGUCUACAGUCAACUCGACGGUGGUACAUGUGAAUGCACAGUGUGGUGUGCUGCAGACGUUGCUGCGUGAGCAUUGCGAGGCACUGCAUGCUGUGGCCUGUCACCCCCAGCAACCAGUUGUUGCCAUGGGUAGCCACAGCGGCAUCCUGAAGGUGUGGGACUAUGAGCGCAAGGUGUCCAUCUGCAGCAGGGUCUUUGAGAAGGAGAGGCAUAUUCAGUGCAUCGCCUAUGACCCCCAAGGAUUUUAUUUGGCGGUUGGCUUUGCCAGUGGAUCUGUCCAUGUACUGGAUGCUUGCACAUUGCUGAGUGAGGCAGAGGAGCGCUUCAACUUCAGCCAAGACUGCAUCACUCACAUUACUUUCUCUCCAGACUCCCUCUACCUGGCCACAGCGGAUGCUGGAAGAGCGGUGAUGGUGUUCUGCUUGUACACCGGUAAGAGCAUGCAGCGCUGGAAAUACCUGGGGAGACACCACUCCCACUAUAAGCCCAUCAGGGACCUCCUAUUUGGGGUGUACCUGGACAGCACCCAACCCAGACUACUCUCCCUGGGCAUGGACCGCAGGCUUGUGGAGUAUGACCUGCAGAACAGCAAAGUCAAGGAUGAGCUGCUGAUCCUGAGCUCUGAGCGCAUUGAGCAGAGUGCUGUGCCCACCUGUAUGUCCUGGUACCCACCCCUCACCACAGAGGACUUCCUGCUCACCGCCUCGGACCUUUACAAAAUGAAGCUUUUCAAUAGCACCACCAAAAUGUGCAGAAAGACACUCCUUGGUCCCACAUACGGGUCUCCAGUUGAAAAGAUGGCCAUGCUUCCAUUUUCUAAGGACCAUGGCCCUAGUGCUCAUUACAUGGCAUACAUCACAAAAGACAAGGUAGGUGUCCAGAUUCUGCCUAUUGAUGGGAACCCCCACAAGUCCUCUGCUCUGAUCUGCCACCCAACAGGGGUGUCUGCUAUGGCCUGCUCCUAUGACAGUCGAUAUGUCUUCACUGCUGGGGGGUCUGACUGCAUAGUCCUCUCAUGGGAGAUUAGUUUAAAUGCAUUAGAGGCUGCUGCAUCCCUGGGUGGAAAAGAGCUGAUCCCCUUCUACAGCCUCCUGGAUGGAGGGAGAGACGGGGAACUCUUUAGAGAAAUGGAGGACUUUUUCUAUUACUGUCAGCUGCGUAACCAAGGUAUUGACUCCAUGGAGAUGCGACAGGUGUCUACCCGAAUCCCCCUAGCAGAGGUCCCCUUUGUCAUGAGGGCUCUGGGCUUCUUCCCCACUGAGCAAGAGCUGGAGGACAUGCAGAACGAAGUCAAGUUCAGCAGGUAUGCUGAGUCUGGGAGAUAUGUGACCAACAUAGACCUGGAGGAAUUCAUUAAGCUCUACGUCAACCACCGGCCAGCGUUUGGCAUCUCUAGGAAGGAACUGCUUCACACCUUCCAGGUCCUGGGUGACUCCUAUGUGAUGGGAGAGCCUGUGGUGAACAAGAUCGAGCUGCUGGAACUCCUCCAGGACAGAGGGGAACACAUGACUGAAAAUGAGCUGGCAGAAUGUUUCACCACACUGGUGGGACUAAAUCCAGAAGGGGGGGGACCUGAUCUGGGAGCUUUUGAAUGUGAUGAUGCAGAAGAUGUGUUGGAGAGUGAGAUCCCAGAGGUGAUUUCCAUGGAAACAUUUGCAAGUGAUAUCCUGGGAUUCCCCAUUUAUAUUAAAGAGAUUCUUCACUCUUCCCAAGAGGGAAUGUUGUCCCCCUCAGGAUCAGAAGUUGUAUAGGAAUUACAUGUACUGCAUGUGAAAGUGUGGGGCUCAUUCUAUAAAAGACUCAUGGGAAGAUUGUAGUUCAUGAGGCACCCACAAACAUGAUUGACAGCCGUUUCCUUAUGGGUGUAGUUUGAUAUGACCUUUUAUUGGAUAUAAAUUGCUAAUAAAGAUCAAUUGAAAACAUCAGAUGUUAUGAUAUAUUAAAAAUGUAUAAACAUUUAA